UUCACAUUUGACAGUUGCGGGGAGCGCACGUCGUGUUACUCCGGAACUUUGUAAUAUCGAAAUCACUAUGCCAGAAGUACACCCCGCGUUUGCCAACGCUGGCAAGAAGGCCGGAAUAGAAGUUUGGAGAAUUGAAGAUUUUGAGCCAGUUCCUGUCCCAGUAUCAAAUUAUGGCAAAUUCUACUCCGGUGACUCAUACAUUGUCCUUAGCACAACAGGAGAAGAAGACCGCUUGGCCUGGGACAUCCACUUCUGGUUGGGAAGCAAGACUUCUCAAGAUGAAGCUGGAUCAGCAGCUAUGCUGACCGUCAAUAUGGAUGAUGAACAGUUCCAUGGAGCAGCCAUCCAGCAUAGAGAGGUCCAGGGAUACGAGUCUAGGCAGUUCUUGGACUAUUUCCCACCUGCGAUCAGGUAUUUGGAUGGAGGUCACGCGUCAGGCUUCAACCACGUCACAAUCAACGAGGGUACCGAACAAAGAAUGUUCCAGAUCAAGGGCAAAAGAAACGUACGCGUUAAACAGGUGGACGUCAAGUUUGAGUCUUUGAACAAAGGGGAUUGCUUUAUCCUGGAUGUGAACCAUGAGAUAUAUCUGUACGUCGGUGAGAACGCGAAGAGUGUGGAGAGACUGAAGGCUAUCACUGUUGCCAACCAGAUCAGGGAUCAAGAUCAUAAUGGAAGGGCUAGCAUUGAAAUCAUUGAUGCGGAUUCCAGGGAUAGCGAUUUUGAGAAGUUCUUCGAGGCGUUAGGAUCUGGUGACAAGGAUUCCGUGGCUGAGGCGACUGAAGGUGGAGAUGAUGAGGAGUUCGAACGAGGUGCCGACGUUGAGGUUUCAUUGAGCGAGAUCUCCGACAGCUCUGGUACUAUCAGGAUAACCAAGCUAUCUCCUCCAUUCACACAGGAUCUUCUGAACACUAAGGAAUGCUAUAUUUUGGACACUGGAAGUCGCAGCGGGAUCUACGUAUGGGUUGGACGCCAGUCAAACGAAAAGGAAAAGUCUGAAGCCAUGAAGAAGGCUGAACAGUAUUUGAAGACUCACGAUUAUCCAUUCUGGGUACACGUCACCAGAGUUCCUGAAGGCGUGGAGCCGACAGCUUUCAAACAGAACUUCCAAGAUUGGAAUUAAUAUUGCAUAAAUAUUUUUUGUAUUACAUACAACAACUCCACUCAUUGUUUGAAAACAAUAGUUCAGUAGUAUUUAUUAUUGCUUCUAGUAAAAUGUCUAUUAUUUUUUUGUAUACAGUUACUAAGUUUAUACAUACAUACUCCAUAUUGAUCGUGACACAUACUAAAUUAAUACGGUAGUUUCCAACUAGUCAAAUUCAAUACUUUUAUCCAAAUGUCAAAAACGAUACCUUUCUAUGAUAUUUGUAUGAAAAACUGAGGUAUGACGUCAUAGUAUUUUUACGUCAAAUAGCUUACUUAUUUCUUAAUAAUUAGCUACAAAAUAUCUAAAACUAGUGUAUCGAUCGAUCGAUGAAUAAAAGUAUUGUUAUUUUUCAAUAUUUUAUUGUACUGAAAC